AUGCUAAAUUUCUCAACGCUAAUCGUAAUUGUAUUAAUUGAAUUCGUUUUCCUUUCAGCUGCCACAUCUGAUCCAAAUCUCUGCGACAAAAAAGGGACGAUUCAGUGUGAAUUACAUGAGACAUGUUGUCCGGGAAAAGGAGGCACUUUUAAGUGCUGUCCAUAUUUUCGGGGGAAUUGUUGCGGGGAGUCUUCGGGGAUGUGUUGUCCACCCGGCUUUCGAUGCAUCGAUGGAGGGAAUUGUCGACGACUAAACAUUACUGGA